UAUUUACAGGAGAAAUGUGAAGCAGCACAUCUUCAUUAUGCAGUGCAUUAAUUGGGUCAUUAAAUACAGCUCUCAUCAGAAUCUCGCUCAGUCUGUAGAUCAGAGGAAGUGAACAAACACAGGAAGAGCUGAUAGUGUUUAAAGAUCAUUUACUGAAGAGAAAGACUGAGAGAAAUAGAAAAAUGUCUGAUGAGUGUCAUCUGUGUCUGCUGGGACUGAUCUUUCUCUCUUCACUUCUCACAGGUAUCAGAGGAGUGGAUGAUGUUCAUGUGUUCAUCAGUUCUGGUGAAGAUGUCCGUCUGUCCUGUAAUAAUGCUCUUCAUGACUGUACAUCAACUACAUGGAACUAUAACAGUCAUUCAGCAGCAGUUGAACUGAUUUGUUUAGGGAAAAAGAGGAAAGACACAGAGAGACAUGAGAGACUGAGUCUGGGGUCUGACUGCUCUCUGAACAUCAGGGACAUCUCAACAGAAGAUUCUGGAGCUUACACCUGCCAACAAUGGACUGGUGAGGGUGGACAACGAAUAAGACCUGAUGCUCGUGUUCAUCUGCAUGUUCUUCAAGUCUCACACACUGAGAUCAGUGCAGGUCUCUCUGUGACUCUCUUCUGUCAGUUGUAUUCAUAUGAUCGAGUCUCUUGUGAUGAUUCGGCUCGUUCUGAGAGGAUUCAGCUGUUCUGGGUGAAUCAGGCUGGUGUUAAACUGACGAGAUCAGACGGCAGAUAUCAGAUAUCAUCCUCAUCAGAUCCCUGUAUCAUCUCUCUGAAUACAACACUCCUGAAUGAAGAUGACAGCAGAGAGUGGAGAUGUGAAGCUACUCAGAGAGAUCAGGUCAAGACCUCAGUCACAUACACUGUCAAGAGUUCAGCUGUUACUAACAUCAUCAGCACUGAUACAACAGUCACACCAGAAACGACCACAGCUGCUGUUACUAACAUCAUCAGCACUGAUACAACAGUCACACCAGAAACGACCACAGCUGCUGUUACUAACAUCAUCAGCACUGAUACAACAGUCACACCAGAAACGACCACAGCUGCUGUUACUAACAUCAUCAGCACUGAUACAACAGUCACACCAGAAACGACCACAGCUGCUGUUACUAACAUCAUCAGCACUGAUACAACAGUCACACCAGAAACGACCACAGCUGUUAUAAAUAUAACACUGCAGGAAGGAUGCACCACCUCUGGAGGAUGUCUUAAAAAUCUCUUUGAGAAGAUAGAGAACAUUACAGCUACAGUGCUUCCUUUGAAUCUUGUGACAAACAUUUUGACUAUGGCCUUCAACGCUUCAGAGAAGAUUUUAGAGACAACAACCUCAGCAAGCCCAACUGAACUAGCCUCGUAUGGAAACAGUAUGUUAAAAACCAGUGAGAAACUAAUUUCUACUUUAGUGAAGCCGACAGACACAAAUGACAGUGUCAAGUUUAAUCUUCCCACUGUAGAGGGACAAGUCUUCAUGGUUGGGCCACAGGUCACUUUAGAUAAAAUCCCUCGACUUGACACGACAAAUUCAUCUGUGGACAUUGAUCUCAUUGGGAUCGCCAAGAACAACUAUGAAACAAGAUCAGCUGCUGUGGCGUUCAUGAGCUACAACACGAUGGAGAACCUACUGAAGCCAGACUUCUUCAACACAUCGAAUAAGACGGUUAAAACCAUGAUGUCCACUGUGAUCUCAGCUACUCUUCCCAAAACCAGCAACACUAAACUGACCGAGCCAGUCAACUUCAUGCUCAAACACAUCAGAAAGUUUGAUCCCAUCGGUUCUCUGUCCUGUGUGUACUGGAAUAUCAGCGAGUGGAUUGUAGAUGGUUGUGUUGUUUUAAAGACCAACGGCAGCUAUACUGUGUGUUCCUGUGAUCAUCUGUCGACGUUCGCUCUCAUCAUGCAAACCAGCCAGCCGCCGGCGAGCGACCCACUUCUGGAGUUGUUGAAUUUGGUGUGUGUGUUUGUGGGGCUGGUGUUCUUCAGUUUGGCCCUACUGACCUUUGCCCUUUGUCAGUGGAGUCCUGGAGUGAAUAAUGUGGCUCGAAUCAAUAUCUGCAUCAGUCUUCUGUUGGCUCACCUUCUGCUUCUGCUUACACAGCAGUUCCUGAGCAUCAUACAGCGUCAGAAGGUGUUGUGUGCCGUCAUCUCAGGCCUUCUGCACUUCCUCUUUCUCUCCGGCUUUGUGUGGAUGUUCAUCGAAGCUGUGCUUCUCUUCAUCUGUGUGAAGAACCUAUCACAGAUCAGCUUCAAAAAGAGCGAGGUGCUUAGCAGUGGAUUCCUGUGUGUGAUUGGAUAUGUGGUUGCUCUGGUUGUGGUGUGUGUGUCUGUUGGUCUGGUUCCUGAAGGCUACGGCAGCGAACACUGCUGGCUUAAAAUGGACAAAAACUUCAUCUGGAGUUUUCUUGGUCCUGUUUGCGUCAUACUAGCAUUAAACAUGAUUCUCUUCAUCAAGAUCCUCAUCACUCUGAACUCAGUUCUAAAAAAUCUCAACGCCGAAGUCUCACAGAUGAAACAAACCAAGAUCUUGGUGUUUAAAACACUGGCUCAGUUUGUGGUUCUCGGUUGCUCCUGGAUUCUGGGUUUCUUCACUAAUGACAGUAAGGUCCUGGAGAUCCUCUUCCUGAUCUUGAACUCGCAGCAGGGAACCUUCAUCUUCCUGAUCUAUGGCGUUCUCAAUAAUAAGGUCAUGCAGCAGUACAGGAAGUUCUUCAGACGUCUUUGCUGCAUCAGACAAUACUGAAUCAUUUUCAGGAAGUAAAAAGUGCUGAUUUUAUUAUACAAGUGAUGCAAUGCUUACAGUAAAAUACAGAAUCAAUGUUUUGGAUGUUAACCGUAGUCUCUUCUACUUUCUGUAAAUGGUUAAAAAAAUUUGCAGUACAGUAAACACAAAAUGUAAUGCUUAAUGCUUGCAAUUUAUUUUUAUAAACCCUGCUGAAUUUCAUGCGAGCAUGGUAAAGGGAAAUACACAUUAGACGUUACAGUUCAAGUCAAAUAUUUAAAUAUGAGACUUGUCAAAUAAUUAAUGAAUAUAUUAAUCUUGCACACUUAUUUUUUUCUUUGUUGAGCUCAGGGAGGGACCCUUUUAUAAUACUUUUCAUAUGGUAAAAUAUAUUUUCAGGUUUUAUAGGUGUGGUGGAGUUACCUUUAAAACUAAACUAUUAAUAUAAUGAAAUGCAAAGCUGAUGUCUCAAAUUCAAAGUGAAGCUGUACUGUCACAUGGCUUGUAUUCAUGCAUUAAAACGUUAAAAGUCUUCAUAAACAAUGUGAUAUGUAAUUGCAUAUGUGAAUGUUUUUUCCACAUGCCCCAAAAAGCUCCAUAUAUGAUAGACUGACUGUAAUUUGACAUUGAAAUGUAAACUCAAUAUGAUGCAAACCUGCAAUAUUUAAACCUGUUAAAUGUCAUUUAAUCGCAUUUUAUUAACCAAUAUCUUUCCUGGUGACCUUUGAUGAUCUAGUUCACCCAUCCUAAUAAACAAAAUUGACUUUAGAUAAACAA